CGCUUUCAGCGGGAAUUCAAAAUGGCGUCUACUCCUAAAGUUGGAAGUCACAUACUGGUUCAUCGACAGCUUCAAGACUUGAUUGCGGUUUUACAAGAUCAACAGGACAAACUUAGACAAGAGUUAAGAACAAAAGAGGGAUGGGUGAGUAAAGAGCAGUUUGAGGCUGUGCAGAGGGAGUUACAGUUUGAGAGAGAGGAGCACAUGAAGACAAAGGCAAAGCUGUCAUCUGAAUCAGAGAAGCUGCAGUUUGCACUGGGAGAGAUAGAUGUCCUCAGCAAGCAGCUUGAAAGGGAGAAAUCUUCUUUUGAAAAUGCAUUGGGUAUGAUGAAAAGUAAAGCACAGAGGGAAUCCCAUCAGGCCAGUCAGCUAAAGGACAAGUGCUCAGAGGUGGUAGCACAGUGUGAGCUACAAGAGGAUAUCCUGAAUGUUAAAGAUCUACGGAUAAACGACCUCAAACAGAGACUCACCAAACAGAAACAGGCACACAAGGCACAGAUGGAAGACCUGGAGAUACAGCAACAACAAGAUGCCUACAUCUCCAGAAUACUGGAAGAGUCAGGACAAGGAAGGAGAAGAGCUGGAAAAACAGGAAAGAAAGGGUUUUCAAAAAUAUCUGAUGAGGAACUUUAGAUCAAAGUCAAGGCCACAUUAUAUAGGCCUGAAAACCAGCAUUGACUGCUUUGCCUUUGGUUCCUGCUGCUUGUAGCUACAUCCAUUAUUGUGAUGUUUUUUAAACCGGGCUGGCAAUGCUUAAUUUUUGUCAACAUCUAAACUUCAACUUUUGUGAUGACUUUUGUCAUAUUUUUUUAAAGACCAAAGAUCAUAGUUCUAACAGGCUGGGGGUAUUGGUUAGGUGUGUUUGUGUGUGUGUGUGUGUGUGCUAAUACUGACAGCACAUAUAUCUUAGUUUGCAAUAGGCCAAGCAUAACUCAUACCAAGAUGAUGAAUUCUCAGUCUGUUAUGUACAAAAUUAUCUAGAUAUUGUAUGAAAUGUCAGGUUAGGCAUAAUGUAUGUCACAGAUUAAUCUGUUUGUUGCAAUAGAAAUGUACAGUUGAAAUCCUUAGAUAUACUGUGUGUUGUCUCUGGAUUUAUAUUAGAAAUUGAUUGUCCAAAUGUUUAUCUUUACCUAAAGUGGCAGUAUUAUUCAGUUUCAGUUUAUUUCGCACUUUAUUGUAUCAGGAUUAUAGAUACAGAUACAUGAAUAUGACAAAUGACUUUAAAAUUUUAGUAUCACAAUGUACCAAGGACAUUAUACCCUUGGUAUUAGAUUAAUUACUAUAUUGUAAAAGAAUACACCCAUUAAAUAGCUUAAAAUAUAUACUGGUAGCUGACCAUACCUCACUUCUACCCUAAGGUAAGGUGCUUUGAAGUGUCAUAAUGCUUCUGUGCCUAAAAUGAAUCUUAUUGAUAGGUUCACCUGGUACAAUUUGUUUCAUGCCAAGAUCACAGCACUGAUAAUUCAUGAGAUUGUGGGUAGCAUUUCCUAAACAAUUGCUUAGCCCUGAAUGGACUAAGAUAAUUUUCUCAUUCAAAAAAUAAAUGUAGAUUUAUUUUGCUAAAUGAUCUGUGUGGUUCUUCCUGACUGGGCUUACACGGGAGCUUUCUUUCUGAUUUCACUGAAGCUGUUUACGGAUCCUUCACAAAUUUAUAUGUUUAUCACUAUAAAGAGAUUCCAGCCAAAGACCCGGGUACGAUUAUUUUGUACGAGCUAAUCAAUAAGCAAACGCAGGAUGUUAGGUAGCAGUCUUUUCGCAAUUGCCCACCGGGUGCAUGGGAACACCAGGCAACAACAAAAGGCUGAAAGAGAAAUACAAGAACAAGUCAUUCACAUAUCAAAGUCCAAACUUUGAAUAAUCCUUUGCUAUGAACAAGAGAUCACGGAUCCAGGUGACGCAAUACUUCUUCGAGUACCCAGAACUGGUUGAGCAAGGAUAACAUGCCGGGGUUUGUUUUGUGACGUAUGUCAAACAAGGAUUUCCUGUUGCAGCCACGACUGCAAACAUUGGAGGGUCCUGCUAAAACUAGUUGCUUGGUUCGCCCACACAACUCAUAUC